AUGGCGAAGAAAAAGAACUCGAAAAAAGACGGGGAGGCUCCCGGGGACGCGAAGAACCGGAAGGCUCUCGCAAAGGAGCAGAAGCGCCUCAGACAAGAACACAAAGCGAACCAGAAGCGCCUCAAAGAACAACAAAAAAAACAAAGGGGCAACAAAGAACGGCUCCACGAUGAAGAAGACAUCGAGGAACUGAUCAAAAAGAUCGACCAGGACAGAGCUGCGGUCAAUGCCGUCGUCAUCCAGAAUGCGUCUCAGCCUGUCCCCCGGGCACACGGAUCCUUCACAGUCUUGCCCAAUCAGGACAUUUUGAUGUUUGGAGGGGAACGCUACGACGGCCAGCGCGUCCAGGUUUUCGGAGAUCUCCAUCGGUGGAAUUUCGACAAAAAUGAGUGGCGACAAAUCACCUCGCCCCUCAUGCCCAAAUCACGCUGCAGUCACCAGGCAGUCUUCUACAACGACCAUGUCUACAUCUUUGGAGGCGAGUUCAGCACAUUUUAUCAGUUCUUCCACUUCAAGGAUCUCUGGAAAUUCUGUGUGAAAACGAGCGUCUGGACCAAGCUGGAAGUUGCGAACGCCACCGAAGUCCCGCAGGCUCGCAGUGGCCAUCGAAUCGCCCUGUGGCGAAACAUGCUGCUCGUCUUCGGUGGCUUCCAUGAUACUACGCGAGAAACGCGAUAUUUCAAUGAUCUCCACAUCUACUUCUUCAACGACAACAAGUGGCGCCGCGUCGAGUUUCCGCCUCACGCCGCGGUGCCUUGUGCGCGAUCCGGCUGUCUCUUCCUCGCCUACCCUCAGGGCGACUUUGUUUUCAUGCACGGCGGAUUCGCGAAAAUCAAGGACACUGCAAAGAAAGUCCAAGGAAAAACGUUCACGGAUACGUGGAUUCUGAACUUGAAGCCUCUGAUCGCGGACCCGAGAAAAGAAGUCCCCACCUGGGAGAAGAUUCGAAAUGUCGGAGCCGCGCCAUCUCCCCGAACAGGCAUGUCCGGCGUAGUGUACAGACACUCGGCGAUUGUGUUCGGCGGAGUUGCGGACGACGACGACGGCCAGGUCAAGUUGAAAAGUACUUUCUUCAACGAUUUGUAUUCCUUCGACCUUGAGCGAAAACGCUGGUACGAGCUGACACUCAAGGCCGAGAAAGAAAGGAAGCCCAAGGGAGGCCGACAGAAACGCGUCCAGUCUGCCUCGGCGAAUCAAGGAGACAACGAGAACAGCGAGGAGGACCGAGACAAGACAGAACGAGAAGAUGCUCAAGACGAAGAAGAUGAUGAGUGGCAGAAUUCCUUCGCCUACUUUGACGAGAAAGGUCGCCUGGUCCGCAUGCGGCUGUACGACGCUACUCCACCCCCAGGCUUUGCCGCACCGCCCCCGGUGUCCUCUGCCUCUUCUGACUCUGGAACGUCCUUUACGUUCUCUUCGUCCUCUUCUUCCGCCGCCUCUUCCUCGUCAUCCUCUUCUUCUGCGGCCUUCGCUUCUUCUUGCGCUUCGGAGCGGGCGCGGAGCAGCACGAAGAAGAAGACCGACCCAACUGCCUCUGGCCGCUCUGUCGUCUCCAACGUCCUCCCGAAGAGCUCCUUGCUGGACGCAGAUGCCAAGCGCGACGACCUCCCCGUCUCUCCCUCUUCUUCCUCUUCUUCCUCUUCUUCUUCCUCUUCUUCCUCGGCUCUUGCUGCGGGAGUUCGGGCAGCUGAAGGGAGAGCGCAACUUUUAUUUCGGGGCGACACACCGCUUCCAAGGUUGCAUGGCCAUCUGGUGGUGAGAGGAAGUUCACUUGUGCUCUACGGCGGCAUUAUGGAAGUCGACGACAAAGAAGUGACUCUGGAUGACUGCUGGACUCUGAAUCUGAGCAGGCGAGAUCGCUGGCAGCGCGUCCUGGCGGGCACCAUGGACCAGCAGGAGUGGCUGGGCGACGACAACGAAGACGGGAGCGAGUCCAGCAGCGAUUCGGAAGCUGGCUCGAGCGUCGAGAGCUCCGAGAGCUCAGAGAGCUCCGAGAGCGCCUCGAGUUCCUCAGAGUCCGACUUCGAGUCCUCAGAUGAAGAGGACGGAGAGGGGGUGAGGAAGGCUCAAGUGCGGCGGUUGGCGUCGGAGGCAUCUCGGCUCUCGCCUGCGAGACGGGAUGCGCCGUCAGAGUCGGAGGAUGCAGAGACGGACGAGAGCAGAGAAGACAAGCGAGAGCUGGAGUCAGGAGAUGAGGCGCCAAUUCUUGUGCAUUCAGAGGCCGCUUCUCUUCAGAAGAAGAAGAAGGCUCAGACGCCUCUCGACUCUGCGGGUGACGCACAAAGCACAACCAGUACAGCGGAACCUGUUUCUCCCCAGGGGAACGCGGGCGGCUUUCGGGAGGCGAGGCAGACGGAAACGCAUGCAGAGACUCCAGUGAACAAGAAGGCGCACCGUGCUGAGGGGAAGAAAAAGAAGGUGGAGAAGUCGUUCCGAGAAGAAGUCGAGCACCUCAAGGAGCGGUAUCGCCUACACGACAUUGAUGAGACCCCUCAAGAAGGAGAAACGCUGCGUACGUUUUUCGAGCGGACGAAGCAACACUGGAUCGAGCUGGUGGUUGCCGAGGCACGGAGAGAAGGAGCUGACAGCACCAGUCGUCAGUUGCUGCGCGAUGACAAAGAGUUGAAGCGUGUCGCGUUCAGCCAAGCGUCGAAGCGUUACGAGGAACUUUUGCCGUGUCUGAAGAGACUUGAAGAACUCCAGCAACGUCAGGAAGAGAGUGAAGACGGCGAAACUCCUGAGCACGGUGGAAAGCGCGUUGGAGGCUCCGCAGCUGGGGGCCUCCGCCGCAUGCGCUGA